AGUGGAGGAGAUGAGUAUGAAAAUGGAUAAGGAAAAGGUAGAUAGGGAGAAGAUGAUCGAGAACUGGGAGCAGAAAUAUAUUGGACUGGAGGAAAAAAUGAACAGAAAAAUAGAGGAAGGGCUAAAAAGUAUAGAAGGAAGACUGAAAGAAGAAGGAGAAGAAAGGAAAAGAAUCAGAAGAGAAUGCAUGGAGGCGAGAGAAACGGAGAAGAAAACAAGAGAGAUGGAGAAGAAAGAAUGGGAAGUGACAAUAGAAGCGAAAGAAAAGAGAGGAAAGAGGAAAUCGAGGAGAUAUUAGGGAAGAUAAAAAGUCUGGAAAAAGGGGAAGAGAGAGACAAGGGCAGUGGCAGAGAGAGUCAAUCAGGGGAGAGAGAGGAUAAGGAAAAGGUAACGGAAACGGAGAGGGACAGAAAGCAGAUAGAAGAAAUGGAAUGGAGGAUCGAGGAAGGAGAGAGGGAUAGGACAAAGAAUAAUAUUAUAAUAGCAGGAUGGAAAGAAGAAAAAUGGGAUAGGAAGACGGUAGAAGACUGGAUAAAGAAAAAACUCGAAGUAGAGGUUACGUUGAGAAAAACGUGGUCAAUAAACCGGAAGAUCCGAAGAAUAGGGGUGGAAUGUAGAAACUUGGAAGAAAAAGGAAUUAUCACGAGAGAAAAGGCUAGGUUACAAGGGUCUGAUAUAUUCAUAGACAACGAUCUAACAUGGAAAGAGAGAAGAAAUAAAGAAAAACUGAGAGAAUACGCGGUAAAGGAAAGAAAAGAAGGAAAAGAGGUCAAAAUAGCAUACAACAAACUGUGGAUAAAUGGGGUAUAGUAUUUAUGGAAGGAAAGAGAACAGGAAUUUUUUCGGAGAAAGAAAAGGACAGGAGAGGAAAAAAGCGAGGAGGAACGGAACAUAAGAAUAAUUAGUUGGAAUGUAGCGGGAAUAAAAGGUAUGGAUGAGAGCACCUGUAUAUAAAAGGGUUUGAUGUAAUCUGUCUGCAGGAAACGUGGCUGGAAGAUAAAGAAGGAAAAUACUGGGAUAAGAAACUAGGCGGUUAUGAAGUCAGAUUCAGAAAUGCGAAGAAAGGGGGAGAAAGAGGUAGAGUGAAAGGGGGAAUAGUGAUGGCGGUAAAACAGG